AUGUUGCGGGUCUGGAAAGUCUCCGGCGAGGAGCUGGCCAGGGUGCCCGUAGCGGAGCUGAGCGACGCCUCGGAGCUCAAGCGCUACUUGCGCGUGAAGAACAACUUGCCCAUUUGCCUUCAGGAGCUGCUAUAUAAUGGAGCUCUGUUGCAGGACGAUGCCAAGCUGUUCCCUUCCAUGGAUGUGCAGUUGAUCUUAUCAUCUCUGGCUUUGCGAGGGGCGGAAGCUGCUCUAGAGCUGCUCGAAGCUGCCGAAGCCGGGGAGGUCGAGGCCAUGCGACUGCUGAUUGAUGCGGACGUGGACGGGGACCUCCUGGGCCAGCAUAUGGCCACGGCGCUUCUUGCCGGAGCCUCUGAAGGCCACGUGGAGGUUGUCCGAUUCCUGAUUGAGGCCGGGGUCGCUACGGAGACAGAAUGGCAUGGUGAGACAGCUCUAAGUGGGGCCGCUUCAGAAGGCCAUGUCGAGGUCGUACGCCUCCUGCUGCCAACAAUGGACGUCCAAUUUUGUGCAACUGCGCUGAUCAAUGCAUCAUCUGCAGGCCAUGUUGAGGUUGUCCGCUUGCUACUUCAAUCCAGUGCGGAUGUGGACUGUCAGCACAGCGAAACGGCUCUCAGCGCGGCCAGUUCCGAAGGUCACGUGGAUGUUGCGCGUUUGCUUUUGGAGGCGCGUGCGGAUGUGAACUUGUCGAACCAGCACGGGGAGACGGCUCUCGUCGCUGCGUCCUUCGAGGGGAAGGUUGAUGUGGUGCGCUUGCUUUUAGAGGCCGGAGCGCACGUAGACUUCCAGCAUGGAAACACGCCUUUGAUGGCGCCGCCUCCAGUUUUUCACGACCUCCACUGCGACACGUGGGGCCUCAUCCGUGAAGACGAGGCAUGGUGA